CCCAGUUCGCGGCCUAUCCCCAACAAUUGUUUUGUGCCAAUCUUAAAGGAUUCAUCAUGAUCAUCAUCAUAGCUAGAUAGUGGAAGAAGAAGAGAAAGCACACCUUGGCGUGUUCCCACGGGUUAUCAGUGAAUCACCGCAGAAAGAGAAGGGCUCUCAGCGUACAACAGGAGUGGACAUGCGGCUGACGGUGAACCGGCGUCCCAUCCUGGUAUUCCUGGCGUCCGCGGCGGCGGCGUUCGGCGCCGUGGCCCUGGCCGUGCUGCUGGUGCGCAAGAUACGCGUCGCGCUGGCGGGCGAAGUCCUGCUGACCCAGGAGCGUGCCUCGUACACGGUGCGACUCGAGCAGCGCAUCCCCGUCACCCACAACGUGCGCCUCUUCCGGUUUGCCCUGAAGAGCCCCCAGCAGAGGCUGGGCUUUCGUGUGGGCGAGCACGUGUUGCUGUACGCGCGCAUCGGCGACCGCACGGUGAUGAGGCCGUACACGCCGGUCAGCCGCACAGAUCAUCGCGGCAGCUUCGACAUCAUGGUCAAGAUCUACCCGGCGGGCGUGUCCAGGAAGCAUCCCAACGGUGGCCUCAUGAGCCAGUACCUGGACAGCCUACAACCGGGGGAUAAGAUAGAGAUCCAGGGUCCGAAGGGCCGCUUCGUCUACGAAGGGCGUGGCCUCUUCGCGACUGCCGACGGCCGCCGGCUGCCGCUCGUGACUCGACUUGGAUUGGUGGCGGCCGGAAGCGGCGUCACUCCGAUGCUGACAGCUGCUGCGACACCUUCUCGCCGACGGCAUCGACCAGACGAGCGUCAUGAUGAUCGACGUCAACCACAGCGAGGAAGACAUCAUCGCGCGCCAGGAACUCGACGAGUACGCCAAGAACCACGGGGGUUUCAGCAUACGGUAUGUGUUGAGCAAGCUGCCUACGUACGAGGGCGUGGCGGGCUACUUGCCAGGACCCCUGAACCUGGACAUCAUGACCGAGCACCUUCCGCCGCCGGACUCUGGCACGAUGGUGCUGUGCUGUGGGCCCCCACGGUUCAUCGCCGACGUCUGCGCGCCGGUCCUCAGGGAGAUCGGACACAAGCCGCACAGAGUGCUCUGCUUUUGAACGCGCGGCUCCGGCCACCGCUUUUCUUGUCUUCCAAACUGUGCGGCUGCAUUUUGGAUCGAUGACGAAAGAAUACUUCAUUGAAUAAACACUUUGCCUAUAUAGAUGACUAUAUUAUUCAUCCCGCGCGAACUGUGCGGUUGAUUUCUCGGUCGAUAACGCAAUAAUUAAAUGCUUCCUUAAAUAAUGCCGCA